ACAGCCGGAUCGAAUCUCUGUUCUUAUAUUCGGGACAUCGGGGGAGCAAGCACCCGAGAGAGAGAUCAGGCGACGGGAACACACACACCGAGCACCAACAUAACGGGGUGGGAUACACUUUGCGUCCUGCGCGGGCGGGCGGCUGUCAUAUUUGCACGAGGACGCAUAAUCAGGGCCUGUUUCGAAGAAAAACAGCGAAGCCCUCUCUGUCUUUUUUUUUUUCUAGAUAGAAACCAGUGCCGCCAAGCUCCGUCAUCUCCCUCACGCGACCCCCAACACCAAGCCGAGAUAUCUCCGGCUCGAAGCAAAAGACAGCUACAACAACCCAAGCCACCCCAAGACCCGGGCAACGCCACCACCAACGCCUCACCCAAACAGACCCAAACCGGAAUUGUAUCCGCACCACCGAUGCCCUCCAUCAACGACAACAAGCACAACGAGGCGACCGACGCCUCCUGGGAAGCCACGCGCGGCGCCGUCUACGGCGCCGUCAAGUGGGGCGUGGCGAGCGCCCUGCUCGGCGGCCUGGGCUACGUGCUGUCGCCCGUGUACCGGGGGCUGACGAUCCAGUUCAAGGUCUACCUGCAGAUGUCGGGGAUGGUGCUGGGCAGCAUGAUCGAGGCGGACCGGCGGCUAAGGCAGUACGAGGCGCGGAUCAGGAUGCAGAGGCGGCUGGCGACGGAGCAGGCUUACUGGCAGAGCAUUGAGAGGGAGUUAGGGAAGGAUGAGGAUGAAUGAGAGCUGAUGGUUGACGAGGGAGGGGUUUGGGAGGAAAUGCCGGGCGUGUAAGUUGGAUAAGACGGGAAAGUUGAUUAGCCGUGGGGGGGGCGUAAGAGAUAGGCGGGCUCGCUCUCGCGGCUUGUAAGAAUACAUCACGCCGUUCAUUCGAUUCA